GCACCUCCCCAAGCCGGUCCCACACACGACGCUCCGUGAUUCUCCCGUCCCCCAAACCCGAAUUCCUCCAUGUUCUUCCUCUGUUCCUUUUGAUUUGAUGAGAAUCCCCCCGUCCUCCCGGCCGCGUUCCUGGAUUUUGUAAUUUUCCUCGUCCAAUUCGGCAGUCCAACCUGGAAAUUUGACGUCCUUUUCGCGUUCCGCCCCUGCUUUCCUGCCGGCCCACUCCCGCACCCCGAAGGAGACCAGCCAAAUCGGUAUCACAGCCCGGGGGAAUUCGCCGUCCAGCCAGAUCGGACGAGCCCCGUCCGACCUGUUGUUCCCCCUCCGCGCAGCUUCCAUGAACAUGGAGCGCCUGCCGGCGGAGCGCCACGGCCACCGGUACGAGCGGAUGCAGCCGGAGCCCGCCGCCGAGGGGGACGCGUCGGCCUCGUCCUCGUCCUCGCCGUCGGCGCCGGCGCGGCGGCCGGAGGUCCUCGCGGCGUCGGCGUCGUUCCGGCUGUCCGAGGCCACGCGGGUGUUCGAGGAGCUCCCGCGCGCCACCAUCUUCUCCGUCUCGCGCCCCGACGCCGGCGACAUCACCCCCAUGCUCCUCUCCUACACCAUCGAGAUCAACUACAAGCAGUUUAGGUGGCGUCUUUUUAAGAAAGCCUCCCAGGUUCUCUAUCUACACUUUGCAUUGAAGCGACGUGAAUUUCUUGAAGAAUUCCACGAGAAGCAGGAACAGGUCAAAGAAUGGCUCCAAAAUUUGGGAAUUGGGGAUCAUAUGCCAGUAGUACAUGAUGAGGAUGAAGUGGACGACGUAAAUGUUCCUUCGCAACCCGAUGAAAGCUCCAUCAGAAAUAGAAAUGUUCCUUCAAUUGCUGUUUUGCCCGUCAUUCGACCAGCUCUUGGACGCCAACACUCAAUUUCUGACCGAGCAAAAGUUGCCAUGCAAGAAUAUCUUAACCAUUUUUUUGGAAACUUGGAUAUUGUCAACUCACGGGAGGUUUGCAAAUUUUUGGAGGUAUCAUGUUUGUCAUUUUUGCCGGAAUACGGGCCUAAGCUAAAAGAAGAUUAUGUUUCAAUUGGCCACUUGCCAAAAAUUCAGAAGGGCCAUAAGGAGAAAUGUUGUUCAUGUGGAUUGUUUAGUUGUUGCAAGAGCAGCUGGCAAAAGGUUUGGGUUGUCCUGAAGCCAGGAUUCUUGGCUUUACUCAAAGAUCCUUUUGACCCAAAGCUUUUGGAUGUCAUUAUUUUUGACGCAUUGCCACAUAUGGAUAUAAAUGGAGAAGGUCAAAUCUCUCUAGCAAAGGAGAUCAAAGAACGCAACCCAUUGCAUUUUGGAUUCCAGGUAUCCUCUGGUGGCCGGACAAUUAAGUUACGAACAAAAAGCUCGUCUAAGGUUAAGGAUUGGGUUACUGCAAUCAAUGCUGCUAGACAACCUCCAGAGGGCUGGUGUUACCCUCAUCGUUUUGGUUCAUUUGCACCACCAAGGGGCCUGUUGGAAGAUGGGAGUAUGGCACAGUGGUUUAUAGAUGGGCAAGCUGGAUUUGAAGCAAUUGCUUCCUCGAUUGAGCAUGCUAAAUCCGAGAUAUUUAUUGCUGGCUGGUGGCUCUGCCCAGAAUUGUAUCUCCGACGUCCCUUCGAACAUCAUGGGUCAUCUAGGCUUGAUGCUCUACUGGAAGCAAGAGCGAAGCAGGGUGUGCAGAUUUACAUUCUAAUGUAUAAGGAGGUUGCACUUGCCUUGAAAAUUAAUAGCUUGUACAGUAAAAACAGGCUACUUAACAUUCAUGAGAAUGUUAAAGUUCUGCGCUACCCAGAUCAUUUCUCAAGUGGUGUAUACUUGUGGUCACAUCAUGAGAAAAUUGUGAUUGUCGAUAAUCAAGUCUGCUAUAUUGGAGGACUUGAUCUGUGCUUUGGUCGUUAUGAUAGUCCUGACCACAAAGUUACCGAUGUUCCUUCUACGAUAUGGCCAGGGAAAGACUACUACAACCCUAGGGAAUCUGAGCCGAAUUCUUGGGAGGACUCAGCAAAAGAUGAACUUGACCGUACUAAAUAUCCUCGUAUGCCAUGGCAUGACGUCCAGUGUGCUCUGUACGGUCCACCUUGUCGGGAUGUAGCAAGGCAUUUUGUCCAGCGCUGGAAUUACUCAAAGAGGAAUAAAGCUCCAAAUGAGCAAGCAAUUCCGUUGCUGAUGCCUCAUCACCACAUGGUUAUUCCACAUUACAAGGGCAGAAGUAAAGAAGCAAAUGGUGAGGCUGAGGGUAAGCAAAAUCAUGAUGAGAAUGCUGAUGUUAAAAAGACAGCCUCCUUGGCAUCAAGUGCAUCAAGUCAGGACGUUCCAUUACUUUUACCUCAAGAGCUUGAACCUCAGGCAUUGCCUGAUGGAGAUUUAGCGAUGACUGGCUUUGACAUUAACCAGGCAGAUAACGCAAACAAAACAGGCUUCAAACAGCCUUUGCUCAACCGAAAGGCAAAAUUCGACGCUUCUCGUCAGGAUUUACCUAUGAGAGGUUUUGUAGACAAUCUCAGUUCCCCGGAGUCUGCAACUAUUAGGCGUUUUGAUUCACCGAAAGAAGAUAGGCAUCACAUGGAUAAGAAAUGGUGGGAGAGGCAGGAGCAAGGAGAUCAAGUUGCUUCAGUACUUGACAUUGGGCAAGUUGGACCAAGGGCAACUUGUCGUUGUCAGGUUAUUAGAAGUGUUGGUCAAUGGUCAGCUGGAACCACUCAAAUUGAAGGAAGUAUCCACAAUGCCUACUUUUCUCUAAUUGAAAAGGCAGAACACUUUGUAUACAUUGAGAAUCAGUUUUUCAUAUCAGGCCUUUCAGGGGAUGACACAAUUAAAAACCGUGUGUUGGAAGCAUUGUACAGGCGUAUACUUCGAGCAGAGAGAGAGAAAAAGCGCUUUAAAGCCAUCAUUGUUAUACCCCUUUUACCGGGUUUUCAGGGAGGCAUUGAUGAUGGUGGAGCUGCAUCUGUGAGGGCAAUUAUGCACUGGCAGUACCGGACUAUCUGUAGAGGCCCUAAUUCGAUACUGCAGAAUCUGUAUGAUGUGAUUGGUCUUAAGGCCCAUGACUAUAUUUCCUUUCAUGGUCUCAGAGCACAUGGUAGGCUAACUGAUGGAGGUCCCGUGGUUACUAGCCAGAUUUAUGUACACAGCAAGUUAAUGAUCAUUGAUGACCGCAUUGCAUUGAUUGGUUCAGCUAACAUAAAUGAUAGAAGCUUGCUUGGAUCAAGGGAUUCUGAGAUUGCUGUGGUCAUCGAAGAUAAAGAAGUUGUUAAUUCCAAAAUGGAUGGAAGACAUUGGGAAGCUGGUAAAUUCUCUCUCAGCCUACGGCUUUCUCUCUGGGCGGAGCACCUUGGCCUUCAUCGCGGAGAGGUUAGCCACAUCAUGGAUCCUAUGGAUGAUACGACGUUCAAAAAUAUCUGGAUGGCCACUGCUAAGACAAAUACCACGAUUUUCCAGGAUGUAUUCUCUUGUGUUCCCAAUGAUCUCAUCCAUUCAAGGACACAGUUUCGGCAAAGCAUUGCUUACUGGAAGGAAAAAAUUGGCCACACUACAAUUGAUCUAGGCGUUGCCCAAGAAAAGCUCGAAACCUACCAGGAUGGCGAUCUCAAAGGUGCCGACCCUAUGGAGAGAUUGCAGUUGGUCAGAGGCCACCUUGUAUCUUUCCCUUUGGAUUUCAUGUGCCAAGAGGACUUGAGACCGUAUUUCAGUGAAAGCGAGUAUUACACAUCUCCACAAGUUUUCCAUUAGGUUUGAUUUUCAUGGAAGAGUUGCUCUCUCAGUGCCUUAGUUGUACAUAGUACAGGCGCCAGCUUGUAGAUGUUUUUACAGGAAAUGAAGAAAAUAUACGGCCACGUCAGGCAGUUUACAAAUAUACCCCAUUCACCGGAGACCUCUCUUUUUGCGCAAUUACCCGUGCUCAGAUUCUUCUUUUUCCAACCAAAGAAUAUAGGAAUAUAGUUAGUUCAUUCGAUGGCUCUUGUUUUUCUAGGUGAGAAAUGCCCCUGUUCAGUUGGCGCUUUUCCAGUCCAGAGAAUAGGCUCUUUCUUCAAAGCUGUCUCGGUUGUACAUUAUGAAUUAUUUUGAAGAAUAAGUACAUUCUAGUUGGCCUUGCAAUGUAUGCACUAUUAAUCUCUCCGGUGUGACUUUUGAAACCUUUGCUGUCUUGUGUUUCAUCUUC